UGACUCACUCCACUGUUUGGCCUGAUUUAUAAACUUUGGAAAGGGGAGGGAAGAUACGAUGGAUUGAGGGAUCAAGGAGGGCAGAGCAAAACUUGGGCUGGAGGGGAAGAGAGACGGUGGAGAACGAGGUUCUGAUUUGCUUGGCCUGAAAUCCAAAGUAGGAAGCAGCUGUUGAAGUGCUCUGUGGAUCUUCUUGGGGAGCAGUGCUGAAGAGCUGCCUCUGGCUUGGCGUGUGAGGAAACCAGACAUGAAGCUCCCGUGGCUGACUCUGCUCUUCCAGCUCUUCGCCUGGGUCCUCUCGGCCAAGGGGGCUGCUCUCAACAGCAUGGAAGAGGAUGAAGCCCUGGAUUUCCUGCUGCAGUUUGGAUACUUACAGCAGCCGCUAGAACGGGUCUCACAUAAGUUCACAGAAGAGGAGAUCGAGGUUGCUUUGAGAGCUUUUCAGCUUGCUUCAGGACUGCCAACCACUGGGCAGGUGGACGUGGCAACCGUCUCCCAGAUGAGGCAGCCCCGCUGUGGUGUGGAUGACCCCUUCAAUGAAAGGACCCUCAAAUAUCGCCUCUUGGGUCGCUGGCACAAGAAGCACCUAACUUACAGGAUCUACAGUUACAGCAAAGACUUGGGGAUCCCUGCCACACGCACUGCAAUCCAGACAGCAUUCAAGUACUGGAGUGAUGUGACCCAGCUCACUUUCCAGGAGGUGCGGACUGGCCGUGCUGACAUCCGCCUGUCCUUCCAUGGUUCUAAUCCUUGGACCUGCUCACGGUCCUUCGAUGGGCCCGGUCACGUAUUGGCCCAUGCAGAUAUCCCAGAAUUAGGAACAGUUCAUUUUGAUUCUGAUGAGUACUGGACAGAAGGGACUUCCCGUGGGAUUAACCUCCGCAUCAUAGCAGCCCACGAGAUUGGCCACGCGCUUGGCCUGGGUCAUUCUCGGUACCCGACAGCACUCAUGGCUCCUUCUUACAGUGGUUAUCGGUCCCCCUUUCGCCUGCAUCGGGACGACAUUGAAGGCAUCCAGGCCUUGUAUGGUAAGAAGACCCUGUCAACAACUGCACCUGAGACCUCCCCUGCCCUCUCUACUGUCCCAGCAGGUGCUCUGAAACCUAGCAAAGUCCCUGACCCAUGCAAAGAUGAUCUGGAUGCUAUCAUGUUGGGACCAUAUGACAAAACGUAUGCUUUCCAUGGUGAUUACGUGUGGAUGGUGACCGAUUUUGGUACUAACCCUCCAUUAAAGAUUUCAACGUUAUGGAAGGGGCUGCCUGGGUGGCUGGAUGCUGCUGUGCACUCUCCCCGUACGGGGCGCACUUACUUCUUCAAAGGCACUAAAGUAUGGCGUUACCGGGGAUUCAAGCUGGAUUACGGUUACCCUAAGCCCCUCACUCGUAUCCCUGCCAAGAUAGAUGCUGCUCUCUAUUGGCCAGUAAAUAAGAAGAUAUUCUUAUUUAAGGAUACGGAGUACUGGCAAUGGGAUGAACUGGGGAGCCAUUUUGCUAAUAUUCCUAGGAAGAUUUCCACCCUCUUCACCGGGGCUCCAUCACACCUGGAUGCUGCACUAACCUGGGAGAACGGCAAGCUCUACUUUUUCAAAGGACGGAGCUACUGGAGACUCAAUGACCAGCUUCUGGUAGAGAGAGGCUACCCCCUAAGCACAGCUGAGCGCUGGAUGAACUGCUGAUGUUUAGGGCGAUGCUCUGGCUUACAACUUUCAGAGACAGGCCCUUCUCUGAGCAAUGAGAUGCGCUGUUGUUGUUUUUUAAGAGACCCCACAGCGACACCUACAGGUGAUGCACAGGAGCAAGUCUUCUGAAUGGGACCUUGGGCAGCGGAGCAAAGAAAACCACUGAUUUUGUGGAAACUCCGUUUCCGCUGAGCUUCUUCAUUGCAGACAUAUCUACCUUUUUUAAAACAUAAAAUAAAAUGCUGGAUUUCAAAACAAAAAAUAUCCGGAUGAUCUCGAAGGCAACAUAGCUGCAGAAGGAACUAGCCCAGUUUCAGGAUUCAGGAGACCUUGGGAGACUAUAGCUAAGAAGUCAGUCUGUAGAAUAAUAAUUCAACAUCAGAGGGUUUUUUUUUAAAGGGAACUUUAAGGGCAUUUUAGAAGUAUCAUUCCUUGUUCUAUGGCUGUGUCUAGUCAAAUAGAACUGCAGAGUUUUAGAGUAUUGAUGGUUCACUGUUACUUGUAUGUCUGUCAGAACAACAGCUAAGCUUUUUAAAAAAUAAUAAUAUUAAAGCCGAAAUCACAAGGAAAGUGCAUGGAAUAUCCUGGGGUUAGAGGAGUAUAUCUCUUGCAAUGCAUGCACACAUACAUAUACACAUCGAUACACAUCAUUGUUAGGGCAAACUGCAGAUUCCAUGGUAAUAAUUUAAUCUCAGAUAUCCAGCAGGAUGACUUGAGGGCUAGAAUGUGGCUUCCAGUUAUGCAAAGUGUACCAGGUUUCCAAUAAAAAGAAGAAUAUUGUUCUA